CGCCAUGAUCGCAAACAAUAUCCAUCCCCCAUCAAACGACACAGCUUGUCAAGCCUUCCUCACUCCAACUAUCUUGCCCACCCCACAAUCAAGCAACAAAGCGAGCAGCCCAUCAAUCGAUCCACCAAUCCCCACACCAUAGCUCCACGCUUCUCCACACCUGUCGGGAAAAAAAAAAUCUUCGUCACUUCCACACGUACAACAGCAACAAGAAAAGCUUCUAGCUGCUCAAUUCACAAACCCAAUAAUGUCUAUCCCCACCUCUACCUCAGUGAGCGAGUCCGCCGUCAUCGCCGCGCCCUUCUCGGCUGUCUGGCACCUGAUCAAGUUGCAGGACUUCAGCAAGUUCUGGAGCAAGCUCGAGAAGAGCGAAUGGGUCAAGGGCGCGUCGGAGGAGACAGACAUUGUCAAGUGGACGUUCAAGGAUGGCACCGUGUUGGAUGUGAAGCAGGAGGAGCACUCGAGCAUCGACCACUUCAUCACCUACUCGGUCAUCUCCUCCCAGCCCGCCCUAUCGUACACGUCGGUUGUCAGCACCAUCCGCGCCUACCCCAUCACUUCGGGUGACAACGAGGGCCAGACCUUCAUCACUUGGACUGGCAACUUCUCCAGCGAUGCUGAUGCUGGUGUCAUCGCCGACGCCAAGUUCAAGCGCCGUGAGGCCCUCUCUGAUCUCGCCAAGGCCGCCGCUUCUGGUAGCAAGAAAUAG